UAAUUACUUUCAAUGUGAGUUUAGAAAAGUCGGGCGAUCUCUUGGGUAUCAUUACACAGACUUGAAGAAUGGCACGUAACUCGUGAAUAAAAACAUACAGCGGGUAAAUUUCGAAGAUAGUCCUAAUUACUGAAGCGCACAAUAAAGUUGCAUGAAAACUUUCGCGAGGUUACGAAGAAUUCUCUCGCGGGUAUACAGAAAUCUUUAAAAUAUAUAAGAGCUAAGUGAACACGUGAAUCGCGAAGUCGUUCCAAAUCCGCGAAAAUCAACCUCGUUUCUCGACAAUUCCGGGCGAGCCCGAAUGCGGGCGGUGCCGUAUGUGCUUCGUUAAACUGACAAUAAUCGUCAACCGCGUGUCACGAACUUGUACGUGGGAGAGCGAGUGUUGGCAAAUGAAAUUCCGGGUGUGCACUUACGAUGACGUCGUUCCGUGAUUUGAGCACUCGAGCAUCAAAAGCGUGAAAAUUCAGUGAAACUGUUACAGUAUUGCGCAUUUUGACGGGAAGAAAAUCGUCACGCGAAGAGAAAAUGGAAGAAAUCUAGGAUUACAAAGGAGAUUAUUCAUGAGUUAUCUUGAGUGAAAAAAAAACAAUUUCCAUACACGCGCAUACUUGGUACAGAGAGGAGCAGAAGAACGAACAUAUUGUUGGUCGACGACCAUCAGAGCAUGACGGUCCUUAUCAAAGUAUUCAGGCAUUGAUAGCUUGUCGAUUCGUUUGAAUAUCUACAAGAGCAGAUUCACAGAAAGAGCCACAAAGGAGAAUCGCGCGACGUUAACGAAGAGUUAUCUCGAAAACAACAAAUUUGGCAGGGAAGUUUGUGCGUUGUUGCGAACAAAUCACCAGAAAACAAUAAUCGACGAACAGUCGACGAUUGUCGUGGGGCAAGUGAUGGACUUUAUCGGAGUCGACAUGUGAUGCACAGCGUGGCGACAAACGAGUGGUGUGCGCGAUUAGUUACGAGAGAAUGACGGUGAUGUGUACAUCGUUCGUGGAUGUUCAGUGUCGGGAUGUUGUAGUGAGUAACUGUCAAUAAAAGAACGGCGAGUGUGACACAACGAGAUCAGUUUCGUCGUCGUCGUCGUCAUCGUCGUCGUUGCCGUCGUUGUUGGCGUUGCCAUUGUCGUAUACGAAGAAGGAUAAGAAGAGAGCCGUCCGAUACCGCUCACAGAAAUACCCAGUAUGAAGGAUCAUCGAGGAGGAUGGCUGCGCGCCGUGCUACCCCUGAUAACGUUCCUCUUGCAUCAGACAGAAUGCGCAGCCAAGAACGGAAGAUCUGUAGUAGAGCACCAUCCGUCCUCUUACUGGGAACAACCCUUUAGUCAGCCUUACUUCGACAACACGACAAAGAGGGAGACCACAACCACUGUCGGGCAAUCCGCUUACCUGCACUGCAGGGUGCGCAAUCUUGGCGAUCGUGCGGUCUCGUGGAUCAGGCAGCGAGAUUUGCAUAUCCUCACUGUCGGCAUCCUAACAUACACGAAUGACCAACGUUUUCAAUCGUUGCACAGCGAUGGCAGCGAUGAGUGGACCCUGAAAAUCAGUUCACCGCAAGUGCGAGACAGCGGAAUCUACGAAUGCCAGGUCUCGACGGAGCCCAAAAUUAGUCAAGCUUUCAACUUGAGUGUAGUAGUCUCGAAGGCAAAGAUCAACGGCAAUUCGGAGCUCUACAUCAAAAGCGGGAGCGACAUCAAUCUGACCUGCAUCGUACUGCAAACGCCGGAACCACCAUCCUUCAUCUAUUGGUACAAAGGCGAUAACGUGAUAAACUACAGCCAACGAGGGGGCAUUAGUGUCGUGACGGAAAAGCAAACGCGAACGUCACGUCUUCUGAUCAGCAGAGCGCUACCAGCCGAUUCCGGCAAUUACACCUGUGCGCCAUCCACAGCCGAGUCAGCCAGCGUUCUUGUCCACGUGCUCAAUGGGGAACAUCCGGCGGCCAUGCAGCACGGGAACUCCAGUAACAGCGGCGCAGCCACGCGGACACUCGCGUUGCUCCUGUUGCUCCUGCACGCCGGUUCCUUCGCGAGGUGACUGGUCGAUCACGAGACGUUGCAGUAAGAGAGUAACGGCCGAUAGUUUCACCCAAACAAGAUCGGGGCGACGACGAGGGUGGUGCGGAA